AUGAUGCUCGUGGACCUAGAUGACGGAAGCGAGGACUCGCUGUUGGGAGCGAUCGUGAAGGUGCUGGCCGAGUCGGUCCUCGCUUCCGCGGUCGCCCUCAAACGAUGCAGCCGCCGCUUCAAGGUACUCGCCGCCCCGCUGGUAGCAAGCGCUGUGGCAGAGACAAACCAGAAGUGGCGGGAUGCAGCAGCCAAAAUCGGCUGCCGAGGCGGAGCUGCGAUAACAUACGGGCUCGAGCGCAACGAGGUGCUGACUAACCUCAACCUCAGCCACAAAAACAUCCGCCACGAGGGGGCCGCUGCGACCGCCGAGGCGCUGCGCGGCAAUGCGGUGCUCACCGACCUCAACCUCUGCCACAACAAGAUCCGCGACGAGGGCGCCGCUGCGAUCGCCGAGGCGCUGCGCGGCAACGAGCGCAACAUGCUGACCUCGCUGGGCUUGGCUUGCUGCAGCAUUGGCACGACUGGCGCUGCAGAGAUCGCCGAGUACAUGUCGGGCAGCGAGGCGCUGACCACCCUCGACAUCGGCAUGAAUCUCAUCUUCGCUGAGGGCGCCAAGGCGAUCGGCGAGGCGCUCAAGGUCAAUGAGGUGCUAAAGUCGCUCAACCUCAGCGACAACAGGACUGGCCCCGAGGGCGCCAAGGCGCUCGGCGGCGCCCUCGCGGUUAACGCGGUGCUGACCGACUUGAACCUCCAACAACAAGAUCCGCGACGAGGGCGCCGCUGCGAUCGCCGAGGCGCUACGGGGCACGAGGUGCUGACCCACCUGAACCUCCGGCACAACCACUUCGGCGAUGCGGGCACCGCUACGAUCGCCGAGGCGCUACGGAGCAACCAGGUGCUGACCACCCUCGACCUGAGCAGCAACGGCCCGAUCACCGCUCCGGUCGACCUGAGCGGUGAGUACGAUGCAUCCGGCAUCGCGCUCGCGGACGUGGAGGUCAACGAGGUGCGGCUGAAAACACUCUUCCUCGGCAACAACCGCAUCCGCGCGGAGGGUGUUACUGCGAUCGCCGAGGCGCUGCGAGGCAACGAGGUGCUGACCACCCUCGAUCUUUGCGCAAACGAUUUGGGCGACGAGGGGAAGGGAGUGAUUCGGGGUGUGCGGUGA